UGUUUCUUUCAAAUGAUUUGUCUUUUCGUGGAGUUCAUUAACAACUUGAGUCUGAUCACACUUGAUUAAUAGGGUUAGUUUUGUAAAGAAGUAAUUAACGGAUGUGUAAUUUUGAAUAAAAUAUUAUAUUAAGUGGCUACAAAUGUAUAGUUAAGGACGACAUAGGUAUUACUUUAGAGAGUAAAUUAAAAAGUUAACAAAACCUUGCUUGUGUGCUUGCUAGUUUCUAACCCAUGUAUCUUUGAUAGCUAAAAUAUCAUCACUUCCUUUGUUUCACAUGGCUAGCAGCAGCAACAUUAAAAUUCACGAACACAUCAAAGUUGUUCCUCCAUCAUCAAACCAAACAACCUCAAUCUCUCUCACUUUUUUCGACAUAUUUUGGCUAAGGUUCCAUCCAAUAGAAUACAUCUUAUUCUACACCCUCCCAAAUUCACAAUCAGACACUUCAUUCUUCUUUCAAACAAUUGUUCCAAAUCUUAAAUCUUCACUUUCUUUGACCCUCCAACACUUUCUUCCUUUAGCCGGUAACAUCGUUUGGGAUUUUGAAUCACAAAACCCAAAAAUACAAUACACACCAAAUGAUGGUGUUUCCUUGCUCAUUGCAGAGUCUGAUUUAGAUUUCAAUCAUGUCAUUGAAAACUCACCAAAAGAAGCUUAUUUGUCUCGUUCUUUUAUACCACAUUUGAAAUCAACAAAUUCUUUUGCUUCUAUUAUCUCACUCCAAAUAACUCUUUUUCCAAAACGUGGUUUUUCCAUUGGAAUAAGCACUCAUCAUGCUGUUCUUGAUGGAAAAUCUUCAAUCAUCUUCAUCAAAGCUUGGGCUUAUCUAUGCAACAAAACAUUUGAAACCGAAGAAUCACCAACUCUGUUGCAAGAGUUAAAACCUAUAUUCAACAGGGAAAUCAUCAAAGACCCAAAUGGAAAUAACUCAAUCAAGAUCUUAUCCAAGAAGUACCCAAGUCAAAAAAGAAAUGAAAGAAGCUUAAAGAAUUUCCAUUUUGAACCAAAACUCAAAGACUGUGUUCGCGCUACUUUUGAACUCAAACACGAAGAUUUGGAUAAGAUAAAGCAAAGGGUGUUAUCAACAUGGGAAACAUUCGAUACAAGAGAAUCAAAGCCACAAAAUAUAUCAUCGUUUGUCCUCGCUUGUGCUUAUUCGCUAGUUUGUCUUGCGAAAGCAAUCCACGAAGUUCAAAAUUAUAAAGAGAAGUUUGGUUUUGUGUUUGCUGUAGAUUGUAGGACAAGGUUAAAACCACCAAUAGCAAAUAACUAUAUUGGAAACUGUAUUUGGGGGCAUUUCAUUGAUGCACAACCGUUAGAUUUUAUAAAAGAAGAUGGUGUUUCUUUAGUUGCUAAAAGUAUUUAUGAGAAAAUAAAGAUGAUAAAUGAAAAGGGUUUUCUUGAAGAGGCUAUUGAUGAUGUGUAUAAUAAACAUAGUUGUUUGACAAGAGAAGGAUUUGAAAUAUUUGGAGUUGCAGGGUCUAAUAGAUUUGGUGUGUAUGACAUUGAUCUUGGUUGGGGAAAACCAACUAAGGUGGAAAUAGUGUCGAUUGAUAGAGGUUUAGCCAUUGGUUUGGCAGAGAGCAAAGAUGGAAGUGGUGGAGUUGAAGUUGGGCUUGUUCUUAAUAAACAUGUAAUGAAUUUCUUUAGCACUUUGUUUCAUGAAGGAUUAUGCACUCACUGAUUUUAGAAAGAAGGAACAACAAUUGUUGUCAAAAUCCCAAUUUAAAUCCUAAAAUUCAGGAUUUUGUAACUUUCUUCACUUUCAACAACUUAAAUCCAUAGUAGAAUCCCAAAAUAGGCAAAAUUCAUCGAUUUUGAUUGCGAUUU